AUGCAGAGAUCCUUUUUGCCCCGAGAGGAGUGUUGUGAGGUACUACUCACAUUUGUGAGUACCACCAAGGGCAAGUUGUUGGGUUUCAAAGAACAACCACCGAUUGUUACAUUCAAUACCCGGCGUGCUGCCAGGAACUGCGAUGCUUCUGCGAACAUCAAACCGUCUACAGUAUUUAGCAAACUUACAUCUCAUUGUACUGCAAUUGAAACCAGAUCUCAGAGGCAUUCACCUUCCGACGAGUUGUUUAUCAAAAUUGCUGCUGCUGCUGUUACAGAGUCUUCUAUUUCCCUUCGUACGGAAGUGCUUGUUGCUACCAAUGAGAGCCAGGAGCAAAAAGUAGCGGCUGACUACAGUCGAACUGUCAACUGCUUCUCACUCUUGGACGCCUACUCUCGACCCAAGACGGGUGAGAUGGAAGAGGAAAUCUCUCAGUAUACGACCUUCAGCUCAGUGUGCGAAAAUAAAUUGUAUACGGCAUUCACAGUGGGUGACGAUUUGGAUAAAUUCCGCUGGACUUCCCUUGUCAUCAUCUAUAGUGCUCUAUCUUUCAAAGGUAAUUGA